AUGAACAAGCUUUACAUCGGCAACCUCAACGAGAGCGUGACCCCCGCAGACUUGGAGAAAGUAUUUGCGGAGCACAAGAUCUCCUACAGCGGCCAGUUCUUGGUCAAAUCCGGCUACGCCUUCGUGGACUGCCCCGACGAGCACUGGGCGAUGAAGGCCAUCGAAACUUUCUCGGGGAAAGUAGAACUACAAGGAAAACGUCUAGAGAUUGAACACUCUGUUCCCAAAAAACAAAGGAGUCGGAAAAUUCAGAUUCGGAAUAUUCCACCUCAGCUCCGAUGGGAGGUGCUGGACAGCCUGCUGGCCCAGUAUGGUACAGUGGAGAACUGUGAGCAAGUGAACACAGAAAGUGAGACAGCAGUGGUCAACGUCACCUACUCCAACAGGGAGCAGACCAGGCAAGCUAUUUUGAAGUUAAAUGGCCAUCAACUGGAAAACCAUGCCCUGAAGGUCUCAUAUAUACCUGAUGAGCAGAUAGCUCAGGGUCCUGAGAAUGGGCGCCGUGGAGGCUUUGGCUCUCGGGGCCAGCCUCGGCAAGGAUCACCUGUGGCAGCAGGAGCCCCGGCCAAGCAGCAGCAAGUGGACAUCCCCCUCCGGCUCUUGGUGCCCACACAGUAUGUAGGUGCUAUCAUUGGCAAGGAGGGUGCCACCAUCCGCAACAUCACCAAACAAACCCAGUCCAAGAUAGACGUGCAUAGGAAGGAGAAUGCAGGAGCUGCGGAGAAGGCCAUCAGCGUGCACUCAACGCCUGAAGGCUGCUCCUCGGCAUGCAAGAUGAUCUUGGAGAUAAUGCACAAGGAGGCAAAGGAUACCAAAACGGCAGAUGAGGUUCCCCUGAAGAUCUUGGCCCAUAAUAACUUUGUGGGGCGACUCAUUGGCAAGGAAGGGAGGAACUUGAAGAAAGUUGAGCAGGACACAGAGACAAAGAUCACCAUCUCAUCGCUCCAGGAUCUCACUCUCUAUAACCCUGAGAGGACCAUCACUGUGAAGGGGGCCAUUGAGAAUUGCUGCAGGGCUGAGCAAGAGAUCAUGAAGAAAGUUCGAGAAGCCUACGAGAAUGAUGUAGCUGCCAUGAGCUUGCAGUCUCACCUCAUCCCUGGUCUCAACCUGGCUGCUGUAGGUCUCUUCCCAGCGUCAUCCAGUGCGGUCCCACCACCUCCCAGCAGUGUCACUGGGGCUGCUCCCUAUAGCUCCUUCAUGCAGGCUCCGGAGCAGGAGAUGGUACAGGUGUUCAUCCCCGCCCAGGCUGUGGGCGCCAUCAUUGGCAAGAAGGGGCAGCACAUCAAACAACUCUCACGGUUCGCCAGCGCCUCCAUCAAGAUCGCACCACCGGAAACACCUGACUCCAAAGUUCGAAUGGUUAUCAUCACUGGCCCCCCAGAGGCACAAUUCAAGGCUCAGGGAAGAAUCUAUGGCAAACUAAAAGAAGAGAAUUUCUUUGGUCCUAAGGAGGAAGUAAAGCUGGAGACCCACAUACGGGUGCCAGCUUCUGCAGCUGGCCGGGUCAUUGGCAAAGGCGGCAAAACGGUGAAUGAGCUGCAAAACCUGACUGCUGCCGAGGUGGUAGUGCCAAGAGACCAGACUCCGGAUGAGAAUGACCAAGUCAUUGUUAAGAUCAUCGGGCAUUUCUAUGCCAGCCAGAUGGCGCAGCGGAAGAUCCGAGACAUCUUGGCUCAGGUUAAGCAACAGCACCAGAAGGGACAGAACAACCAGGCUCAGGCACGGAGGAAGUGACCCCCCCUCCUGUCCCAUUGGCUCCAGAUCAGCAGGCAGAAUGCAGAACUGGAGGGCAGAGGGCCAGUGUGCUCUUCCCAGCAGGCCUGAGAAUGAGUGGGAAUCGGGCUUUUGGGUCUGGCUGGAGAUCAGGUUUGCCCACUGUCUUGAGAAAAAUGUUCCAGUGAGGAACCCUGAUCUCUCGCCCCCAAUUCAUUCAGCCAGGUGCCCACCAUGACCCACCCCUUGGAAUGUCACUAUUGCAGUUGUGGCUUGGGUUGCUUUUAAACGUGGAUUGUUUUGAGGAGUCCUCCAAUCUCCAUCAGAAAGAUGGGUCAGAUCCCAGUGGGGAAGAGAAAUAAAAUUUCCUUCAGGUUUUAUAAACCUCAAAGGAUAGUUUGUUUCUUGACCCCAGAAUCUUUCUAACCUGACUUCUUGGUUAAUUGAUGAAAAUUCUUCCCAUUCUUAAUGCCUUGACCAAUACCUUACUGCUUCCUGUAUUCAUUUACACUGUUUUAGCCUUGUGACUAUGGGGGUAGGGGUGGCUGGGCCACAGCUUUGUUUACAAUAUUAACUCUGUGGAGAACACUUGUCAUCAGUGCUUUAAUCCUGAUUCUUCCUCAAUCUACCAGUGGGAACAGCAAGAUAGAAAGGAGAGAGAUAAUAAAAAAUAUAUACUAAUCCACGUUUAAAAGGAGCCCUCAGCUGAGGAUAGAGCCCAAUGGUCAGAGUGCUUGCCUGGCAUGUUCAAGGCCCUGGGUUCCAUCCUUGGCAUCACAAAAAGGAAAAAACAGCUUGCCCUUAUGGGCGAGCUAUUGCAGAUCACCAUAUAGAAAAAUUGGCACAACAGAAAUUUCUCUUGGUCAGCUGGGGCUUCCUCACCAAGACUCCCCGUUAUGUUUAUGCCCAUCUAAGCCUUCGUGGUGCCUGGUACACAUGCGUGGUACCUCAUGCUCAGCAGGGUGAGGACUGACCACUGUCCCUGAUUCCUAUCAUUCUCAGGCGGAUUUUAUAUUUUUUUAAAGUCUAUUUUAAUGAUUGGAUAUAUGAGCUCUGGGAAAGGGGGUGUAAGCUCCCUUUGAUAAUGUCUCAGUUCCAUGGAGGAGUUGAGUAGUCCAAAGGUGCUCUCGCUCCAACCCAUGUGCUCUUAUAAGGGCUGAGGCAGGCAUUGAGUUGUAUUCCCCACCACAGCACUGUUUCCUUGUGGUGGUGGGACCUACAACCCAACCCUGGGCUCCUGAUAAAGCUUCAAGCCCACCAUCUGGCAAACUUAGUAAAUUGGAGAAUAUUGCUUCUGUUUUUAUUGUAGAGGAGUAUUUAACUGACUGCUAUGCCUCCAUGAAUUGUCAUUAUAAAAGGCAUGCCUGAAAACUUCGUAAUACCAGCAGCAUUAUGCACAAAGGGGUGAACACACUUAAUUUAUUAAUUUGACAGGCUCAAUAAGAUCCUGUUGGAAGUUAAGCCCUUAUGGAGGACAGUGGCCAUCAGUUAAGUGAGGCUAGGCCUCCCCUCCUAACAGUGUACUGAUUGAUUGUAAUGCAUUUAGCCAGGUGAUGCACUUUAGCUACCCUGGACAAUACUAUCAAGUGUGCUGGGAAGAAAGGAGGGCCUCUUUCUGCAUGUGGAAAAGCCCAUGCACAGAGUUCCCCUCUUCCUGACAUUGCAAGGACAACAGUGACAAAGCAACCAUGAUGUGUGGGCGGAGUCAGGCAGUACUGUGCUAAGUAAACUACCUCAAGGUGUGACGUUACCUCAGCAAUGAUUUCCUUUUGUUCCCUAAACCCCCGUUUUUAAUUUUUGUUUUUUUCUUUGAUUUUUUUUCUUUGCGGCUUGCUGAUAUUUUAUAUAAAAAAGAAGAGCAAAAGAGAAGCUGAUAGUCUUGAAUAUUUUAUUUUUUUAAUGAAAAGAAAAAAUGAGAAAGUUAUGUUUCAUAAUUUCUUACAACAUGAGCCAGUAACUCUUUAGGAGCUCUGUGGAGAACAGGCCCUGUGGGGAAAGGUGGGGACUGGACCCAGGGGAGAAGUGGAUAACCCCAAAGGGGUCCAGGCCCAGGACCUUGCUGGGUUCUGAUCUCUGGCCUUGAAAUAUUAAGAUCAAACAGAGCUUGGACCCUUGGGGACCAAACAGCAGUGUCCCACUAACCAGAUGGCCUGUGGGCACCCCUCCCUCUCCUGUGGUGAAACAGUACCUUAGCUGGAGUUUCCCACCAGUGGUGCUGUUAUUAUUUUAAGAUAUUGCCUCCGUUUUAUCGAGGAGAGAAAUAAUAACUAAAAAAUAGAACCUUUUAAGAAAACCUGUAUUUCUUUAAAAAAUAUGGGAGCCAAGAUUCCGUUAAUGGGAGAAAGACAAGGCCACCCUCUCGCCCUUCGAGAGGCUCACCUGGUUUCUCGAUGUCCGUUUUUAUUUUUUGGUUAUUGUUUCAUUUCCAUCCCACCUUGCUAUUCUUAGUCUGGAUCAUUCCUAGACUACAAGGCAAGCAGAUGGUCAAUGACUGCCCUCUCCCAUCUCCCUGUCUUCUUUAGGUUGAUGUGGUUGAUACUAAAAGUGGACUUGUUAGGUAGGAAAUUUGUGAUUUAGGGUGGUGGGGUAGCCAAGAGGGAAGGGGAAUGGUGAGCAUGAUUGGGACAGGUCUUGCUUUGGUAUGAUCUUACCACAUGGCCCCUGUGACAGCCCCUCAUAGCCUCCAGACCAUCUAGUUCAAAAGUCUUUAGGGAUGGUAACAGGCCUGUCCCAGACACAAAGAAAGAAAGGGUCUCCCAACAUCCCAUCUGGCUCUACAUGCUUUGUCCCCAGACGAAGCUGACAAUGUUCAGACAUCGGCCAUUUAGUGAUUUAAAAGUGGAUUUCUUGCAGCAAGCAUGCUUUGAUACCUGGUUCAAGUGAUCGUGGGGGAGGGGGAAUCCCACAGUACCUGAAAUGAGAUUGUUGGAGUGUUGCAUUCCUUGGGGCCUGCUCCCUUCACACCUUAAGCCCAAGUCCUUUGGCUGAUGGAGCUCCCAGAAGAGAUCAGAAAGUGCGGCAAGGGACCCAAAAACUUACACGGAUCAGGCAAGGUUCACUUGUAGGUGAACUUGCCCAGCAGGAAGAUUGUGAAAGUUGGCUUACUCAAAAGAAUAAUAGUGAUCAGGGGCCAGAGGUCAGCGGGAAGGAAGAACUUGGCCUAUCUUGGGUUAUCCUGUGACCUGAAGCCCGGGUCUUAGGGCUGCUCCUUGCCUUGCUUGUCACCCUUUCCGCAUCCUAGGUGAGGUAGCAUACCACUACAAAAAGCACUUGGGAGAUUUGGGUGGAACUGAAAAAAGCAACUUUUAGAAAAAUGCUCCCAUGCCCUAAGGUGUAUGUACAUAGAGAGGUGUGUGUGCGCGCGCUCGCUACACGUGUGUUUUUAUGGAAGGACCAUCUCUUUAGGGUCUGUUCUUUUCUCAAUUCUUUGAAACACAUCAAAAGAGCCAAAUGGUUUCAUCCACUGACCUACUUUAGCCUGCGCCUGCCGCUCAUACCACAGGGCCUUUACCUCCCUUUGGGAUCUGGUUGCCUUUUGCAAUUCCAGUUGUGGACUCAGUUGUUGAGGGGGCUAGGCAGGAGAGAACCAUAGCUGAGGACAGGGAAGCUGUGUGGUCCUUGACUCUUCUCUGGUCCUUUGUUUUUCAUUAAUUCUCCCUGAACUCUCCAUUCUUGGGGAAAGCUCAUGCCUCACUGUUGGCCGAAGAGACCCCAUGUAAAAACCCAGAGGACACAGGAGCACGAUGCUCUAGUUGGUUUUGUGUGUCCCGUUUCCUUUGUGCCAAAGACAGACAGACAGAGGCUGAGGCUGUUUCUGAGACAAAAGCAGUGGCUGGCCAUCUUUGUACAACUCCUGGGCCUGUCUGCUAGGGGAGGGGCCUGGAGACAGUGGAAACUAAAGACUAGGACCCACUCCUCUUAAGCUCCAGGGAUUUGUGGGUGGUGCUUGCCAAGGGCGAGGGAAGGGGAAAGGGUCCUUUGGCCCCCUGUUGCACUUUGGGGAAGGAGGGAAUAUUUCAGGCUCCUUGCAGGACUGCUCUCCUCCCCUGUCCCCACCGCAGAGAUGGCACCGUGAAGUUCCCUUCAGGCCUGGCAGACUGGUAGUGAGGAGGGGCCUCAGUUAGCUCUCAAGGGUGCCUUCCCCUCCUCCCUUCCCAGACACCCUCUGCCAAACUGGGAACCAUCAGUGCUACUAACUACCUCAGCCCCAGAGGGCGCCAAGCCUAACUGAGCCUCAGGAGGAGCUGGUGCCUUCAGGCACCUCUUCUCCCCCUCACUUGGGGCGAGGUCUCCUUUCCCUAAGUGUUGUGGGGGAGAUCCUAGUGGCUUUGCCAUUCAAACCACAACUGUUUUGCUGAUUGUUGAGAACCAAUAGAAGGAAAACAGCUCCGCCUGACUGGACAUUGUAGGAAGACUGACAAGAACUCAUCAUCGCCAGGGGAUGUAAAAGCCAUUUUUCCUUCCAGAUACUCGAUGUUUUAGGUGCAGAAUGUUUCUCUUGUAUUUAGACGUAGAGUAAUACCAGCUGAAACUCCCUGUUUCUUUCCUUUGGAUACGUCUCUGAGAGUACAGGAUAUGGGAGAGGCCGCAUGCCCCAAGGUUCUGGGGGCGGCCAAAGCCUCAGCCUUGCAUGGUCUGAUGGCACCAUUACUGAUGACCUCAAAUGGUUCAAUCUGGACUGACAGAAGAAGAGCAUUUGUUUUUCUUACAUAGCAGGAAGCUCCUGGAGCACCAUGUUUUUCGUAAUCACAGAUGAUGAAUGCUACGAGUGUAAAUGGAUGAUCUACCUCAGUCCUUACAAUAAGAUUGGAAAUAAGGGCAGGGACUCAUGCAUGAGGGUAUGAAUCCCAGCCAGAAGAGUUGAGGCUUAUGACACAAAAGGUUUGUCUUGGGGAUCGGGUAGGCCUGCCAGGACCCCCACUCACAUCGGUCGGGUUGGCAGGGUUCGUCAUCUCGUCCGGUCCCCCCUUUUCUGCUUUCCCCACCCAUGCUUCACACGUUUCCCUCCAGCUGUUCCUUCUUUGACCUGCUUUAGCUUAGACGGACCAGCUGGUGAGGAAAGGUAUGGGCUCUUUCUUCCCUUAGAGCUGCCCAGAGGUGAUUCUAGGGCUGACCUGGAGUCCCUCAUUCAGCCCCCACAUUCUAAGUCCUAGAACCAGGGUCUCUUCAACAGGGUUUCUUGAAGAUCCUCUACCUCCACUGAGUCCCGCUUCUCCGUAGGGGCGCAGUUGGUUGUGGGGGGAGAAGAGAUGGAACGGGAUCCUUUGUCCUGGGCCAGCCUCGUCUAUCAGGCUCGCUCAGGCCAUCUUUGUAGUUGGGGAAUUCCACUGGGUGACCUAGCCCUUCCCCACCCUCUAAAGGACCUUCUAGAAGCCCCAUUUCACUUUUGUUUUUUAUCUACCUCUUAGCAAAACAAUAUAGAGAAAUUAGGUAGUGGCAACUCAACUUAGGUUAGGGGGGGAAAAGGUUUCUUUUUCCAAAGGAAAAAAUAUUACCUUAAAAAUUACUUUCCAAAAAAUAUUAAAAAAUUAAAAACCAAAAAAAAGUCUUUGAAAGGAGGGAGACAAUUUCUGGUAACCAAUGGAUUGAUUUCCUGAAUAGUUUUCCCCCCAAUCAUGAUUAUCACUUUUUGGCAAUCUUUUUCACUUACGACGACGUGGUAGCUAUGAACAGUUACUGCUUUGCCGGUGUGCUCCUUGGCUUGUCACAUCCCCACCCCAUGGCUGCCAGUGAGACCCACCUGUGCUUCCUGUCACUACUCUCCUAACCAGGUGACUUCAAGACCACAAGAAGGAACACUGGGUUGGGGCGAUUCAGUCCUGACUCAGUAUUUCCUCUUGGCGGGUGGUUGGGGACCACUGGUAACAUUGUAGUUUUAGGUGAACCACUGCUAAUAAGUGCAUUUGAGAUGAAUUUAAGUGCAUUAUCGAUUAGCAUAAUGAAUAAACAUCACUACUUGGAGUCUCCCUUCAGAAUCUUAUUCUGGUUCCCAAAACCAGAGUAAAGUCAAAAGAGCCCGCCUGCUCCCCUAAGACAAAGUGGAUUGAUGGCGGUCCUAAGACAGCUUCCAGUGAGGAGUUAAGCUUUCUGAGUGGAAAUCUGGGAGGGCUGCUGCUUGUGACUGCUCUGCUCUGUAAUCAGGACAACUUUGAAAUUGUAGAACCCUGCCAGCUGUCACAACCCUGAAUCUGAUGUUCCCUCUCCCACCCUUAUCUGUUCUUGAAGCUGGGGGGAGGUGGGCACCUGGCUCGGACUUGGCACGUUUGUUCUUUCAAUGGAUGAGCACCCGGGGUCCUUCCCGGUGAAUGUUUCAGCCACAAAGCAAUUCCAUUCCACUGUUUCCAUCUCAAAAUAAAAUGAAACUUAUAUUGAAAA